GAUCCGAGCUCGGAGGCUCCGAAGGUGAAGCUCGGAGCCCGCGGCUGUCGGAGAGACCGCACCUCGGCCGCAGCAACUCGCUGGUCGGGGGCCAGCUGGGCGAUGAGGGUGCACCUGGGCGUGCUAGCCGGCGCGGCGGCGCUGACCGGGGCGCUCGGAUUCGUGCUCCUGGCAGCCGCCAUCGGCACAGACUUCUGGUACAUCAUUGACACCGAGCGGCUGGAGAGGAGCGGCCCGGGGGCGCAGGACCCUUGGGGGACCCCCAACAGCAGCCAACCCGAGCCUCUGAGCUCCCACUCCGGCCUCUGGCGGACCUGCCGGGCGCAGAGCCCGUGUACACCGCUGAUGAACCCCUUCUGGCAGGAGAACGUGACGGUCAGCGAUGCGAACCGACAACUUCUCAGUGAGUCUGGGGAGGCCAUGCAUGGGAUGUUCGUGAUUCUGCUGCCGCUCAGCCUGAUCCUGAUGGUUUUCGGGGGGAUGAUGGGGUUUCUGAGCUUCCUCCUCCGUGCCUACCUCCUCCUGCUGCUCACUGGGACUCUCUUCCUCUUUGGAGCCACAGUGACCCUCUCUGGGAUCAGCAUCUACAUCGCAUAUUCAGCCGCUGCCUUCCGGCAGGCGCUGUGCCUCCUGGAGGAGAAGGCCCUCCUGGACCAGGUGGACAUUCACUUCGGCUGGUCCCUGGCCCUGGGCUGGGUCAGCUUCGUCGCUGAGCUGCUCACUGGGGCGGCCUUCCUGGCAGCAGCCCGUGUGCUCAGCCUGAGGCGGAGGCAGGACCAGGCCAUCUGA